AUGUAUGCAUCAUCACGACGAAACAUCUAUCUUGUAAUUUUUCAGGGAAUCAGAUCACGUUAUUUAACUCCACAACACACUAAAAAGCUCAGGCGGAGUUCCAACUGUAGCGCAACAUUUUUAGGAACUCACAUGCUGAAGUUUGGAUUAAAUCGAUUAAACUAUGCCGUAUCUUCUGGCCUUGUCAAAAGUCAAAAAAGAAGUAUAUACACAAGGCUACCUUUAAAAUGGUCUACUUCACAUAUUACAUGCAUGUCAAUAUACUAUUUCUCCCUUAUCUUAUACCUAGAUAGAGAAGAUCAAGUUCCGAGAAACACAGAUGUACUAGUUAUCGGUGGAGGUAUCAUAGGUUGGGCAACAGCUUUUUGGCUCCGACGUGAUUCAAAGUUUUCUGUCACUGUUGUUGAGAAGGAUCCUACAUAUAGUCAGUCAGCCACGGUUCUUGGACUAGGAUCUAUACGACAACAGUUUUCAGAACCAGAAAAUAUACAGAUGUCAUUGUUUUCAAUCGGGUUUUUGAGAAAUGUCUCAAAUUAUCUAUCGGUGGAAGAUCCAACAGAAAGCAUAGAUAUUGGUUUCAAUCCUCAAGGUUGUUUAAUGUUAGCAAAUGCUGAGAAUGUGGAUUUGUUAAAAGAGAAUUAUUUAUUACAGAUUGAUCUAGGAGCAAAAGUUGAACUGCUAACUAAAGACGAUCUGUCUGCGCGUUGGCCAUGGAUGAAUGUUGACGAUAUUGAAAUGGGUUGCUACGGUUAUGAAAAUGAAGGAUGGUUUGAUCCUUUUCAUUUACUGAAGGCAUUGAAAAUAAAAUGUCAUUUCAUGGGAGUAAACUAUGUUGUUGGAGAAGUGACUGACUUCCAUGCUAGUCCAUUCAUUAUGGUAUCUUCUUCUGGUGGGGAGUCACAGAGACCUCCAGUAUUAUGUAAACCUUUACGUUCUGCUACAAUUUCCCUUCCCAACCAAAUGAAUAUUUCUAUUGGUUUUAAUUCAGUAGUAAAUGCAGCAGGUCCAUGGGCAGCACAUGUGGCUGAAUUGGCUGAAAUUGGCAGCGAAAAUCUUCCUGUACGGUUACCAGUUGAGCCAAGAUAUCGUCAAAUUUUCGUUGUGCGACCUAAAAAUACACUUAGUCAUAUAGAAAGUCAUUAUCCAUUACCUGGUUUAGAUAUGCCAUUUAUGAUAGAUCAUAAUCGUUUAUUUAUUGAACGUCGUGAUCUUUCCGGGGAAUUUAUUGUUUAUUCUGAUAAUCCUAAAUUUGAUUUUCUUAAUAAUAAUUGUAAUAAACAAAAUUCGGUGAACCAUGAAUUUUUCCAUGAAUAUAUUCAACCGUUAUUGUGUAAACGUAUACCAGGAUUUAAAGAUGCUGAAGUAACUUCAGGUUGGAUAUCCAUAUGUGAUUAUAAUACAUGGGAUCAAAAUUUAAUUAUUGGUUCCCAUCCAUUACAUACUAACAUGUAUUUUUGCAAUGGUUCAAGUGGUCAUGGUACACAGCAUGCUAUAGCAAUUGGAAAAUCAAUUUCUGAAUUGAUUGCCUUUCAACAAUAUAAAACAUUCGAUCUAGUACGUUUCUCAUUUGAUCGUUUAUUUUCUAAUCAAACUGUGAAUGAAGUGAAUUGUUUUUAAAAGUUUUCUUGUAGUUGUUCAUUCAUCGCCUUAUUGAAUUAUUCAAUUUAAAAAAAUUUGUAAAUAAAUAUAUAAUUUGUUUGUUUUUUUCUUUUUGUUACGA